AUGCAGUCGAAUUCGAUCUAUCAAUGUCCAAUUUGCCCAAAACACUACAAGCGUCGCGAACACCUGAAACGCCACCGUAGUUCUCAUACUUCCGAACGCCCCCACCGAUGUCCGCAGUGCGACGGGCGGUUUCAGCGGGCGGACGUCUUGCGACGACACCUGCAGACGUGUCUGGAGAGGAGGGGAUCGCGGGGGGUGGCUACUCGUCGAAGGGCGUGCGAUCGCUACGUGCGACAGAAAAAGGCAUGCGACUUGCAACAGCCGUGUGAUCGGUGCGCGCAGCAGAUGGUCGAGUGUUGUUAUUCUGCUGGCCUCGAUGUCGCAGCUUCAGAGGAGAGGAAUACGAUAACAAGUCCGGGGAAUGCAGAACUAGCACAAGCACCGCCAGCUCCAGAAACGACGCUGGCGAUGGCGUUUCGCUGGUCGGACUUUGAUGCGGACAAUCUGGUGGCGAAUUCUGGUGACCAUGAUGCUAUGGCCCUGAGUGAUCCGAAUGUGCUGGACCAUGCCAGCCCUAGCUGGCAGGAUUUGAUUGCAAUGGCAUCGGAGGGUCCGCCGGGACCUGAUAAUAUGCACACUUCGUUUCAAUUUCUCGACAAGAUGACUAGCAACACGGGGCUGGCGUAUAGCUUUGACUGCGGGACACCAGAGGAACGGGCACAGGUGCUAUCUAGCCUGGAAAGCGAGGUGGAAAGUGAAUAUGGAGCAUCAUCAUCACCAGAGACGAUGGACACGCCGGGAUCGCCGUUGGUCGAUGGAUUAUCGCUGAAUUGGUUUAAUGACCCCCUAUCGCUCAAGACUCAUCAGAUCUUACACCUCAUCAAGGAUGUGGUCAUGGUGAAGCCGCGGAAUAGUUCUGUCACGCUGGACUGGUCACCGGGCUUACAGCAGUCGUGUCUACGGUUCUUCUCGCCGGUGAAUCUGCGCAAAUAUCUGGGAUUAUAUUGGGCGGUCUGGCAUCCAAAUGUCAAUUUCGUCCAUCGACCUAGUUUUGGUCCUACGUCAGCCAAACCAACCGUUCUGGCAGCUAUGACCUUACUUGGUGCAUGCAUGUCACCCGAAACGUCUGAUCACGAAGAGGCCCGGAUGUGGUUCAAUUGCGUCGAAGAGCUGGUCUUUACCGACGAAGACUUUAAUAGUGAUUUCACUUCUGCGACAUCCUGUCCUACUCUACAUCGGAACAUCGUCCAGGCGCUGCAGGCAGCUUAUAUGGUGUGCUUAUACCAGAACUGGGAGGGUAGCGAUGCGAGUAAGCGGCGGAUUCGACGUUAUCGCUUCGCUAGUCUUGUUUCUACUGCUCGAGACAUCGACUUAACGACUGUCAAACACGCCAAAUACAGCGAACAUCCUCGAUACCAAUUCGAAUGGAAGGAUUUCGCCACUCGAGAAGAGCUAAUCCGUGUCUUAAUCUGGAUCUUCCUCCUUGACACAGCAUUCGUCCUCUUCAACAAUCUACCCCCUCGCAUGGUGAUUAAAGAAAUGAAAAUCCACAUGGCCGUGCCGGACGCAUGCUUCCAAGCAUCAACUGCAGACGACUGCCACGAACAGAUCAAACGACUCCUCCCCACAAACAGCCAAUACUGGAAGAUAUCCUUCUGCAACGCAUUCAAAAGUCUCUUCCAGGAGAACCUGGCAAUGAAUCUCCGCUACGACCUAGCCGCCCUAGGCCCACUAAACCUCUUCGCCCUAACCUCAGCCAUCCACUCCCAAAUCUUCCAAUACCGCAGCAACUCCUGGGGCACCGUCCAACUCCUCGCCCCAAUCCGCAACGCCUUAGACAACUGGCGCGCAAUCUGGGAACUCUCCGUGACAUCCCUCCCCCCCAAACUCUCCCCACACGUCGACCGCGCUGACGACGACGACGACGACGACGACGACGACGACGGCUACUACAAAGCCCAGAUAAUCAUACACCAACCCGAACGCAUGUGGCGACGAGUAGGAUUCUGCAGAUACUGCCCAGAAUACUGGUUACUGGCAAAUUUGAUGGUCAGUCAGCUUACGGAGUUGUGUGUGUCGGGGUCGCAGCCGAGGAAUGAGUUAGAGAGGUUAGACGAUGAGCCGCUAGAUUCGAUUUUGAAGAAGUAUGAUGAGACGAGUAUGCAGCAGGCGAAUGAUUUGAUUUUGAGUUUUCAGCGGUGGCAGGUUUUUAGUUGUUAGUUGCUUUUGUUAUAUACGAGUUUACGAAUUAACACUACUUUAUGC